CCAUGAGAAGAAGUCAGUGUAGCCCACAAAGGCAGCAGGGAAACCAUUUAGGAGAGGGACAGGGUAAAUCCAGUCACAGAAGCAGAGGGGUGAAAACAAACACAGAAACUGUUCAACAGAAAAUCCCCCAUCAGCAGUUACCCUGCGCUUGCAGUGACCGUGCAAUUCUUAUUAAACAUGUAAGAGCCCACACAGGAGAGAAGCCCUUCAAAUGCUCUGAUUGUGGGGAAAACUUCAAUGAAAGCUCAGACCUUGAUAAACACAAGAGAGCCCACACAGGGAAGAAACCCUUCAGCUGCUCCACUUGUGGGAAAAGCUUCAGUGAGAACUCAAAUCUUGUUAGACAUAUGAGAAUACACACAGAGGAGAAACCCUUCAGCUGCUCCGCCUGUGGGAAAAGUUUCAAGGAGAGGUCAGACCUUGUUAAACAUGAAAGAACCCACACAGGAGAGAAACCCUUCAGUUGCUCAGACUGUGGGAAAAGCUUCAGUCAGAGUUCAAACCUUGUUGCACAUAGGAGAACCCAUACAGGAGAGAAACUUUUCAGCUGCUCUGUGGGAAAAACUUCAGUGAGAGCACACUCCUUGUUAAAUAUAAGAGAACCCACACAGGGGAGAAACCCUUCAGCUGCCCUGACUGUGGGAAAAGCUUCAGUCAGAGAUCACACCUUGUUAUCCAUAGGAAAACGCACACAGGGGAUAAACACUUCAGCUGCUCUGACUGUGGGAAAAGCUUCAAGGAGAGGUCAGACCUUAUUAAGCAUGAAAGAAGCCACACAGGAGAGAAACCCUUCAGAUGCUCUGACUGUGGGAAAAGCUUUAGUUGCAGCUCACACCGUAUUGAACAUUGGAGAAGCCACAAAGGGGAGAAACCCUUCAUCUGCUCUGACUGUGGGAAAUGCUUCAGUCGGCGCUCACACCUUAUUGAUCACCAGAUAAUACAUACAAGAGAGACACCCCAUAACUGCACCAAUUGUGGAAAAGGCUUCAAACACAGGUCAGAUUUUAUUAAACAUAGCAGAACCCACACAGGGGAGAAACCCUUUAGCUGCUCUGACUGUGGAAAAAGUUUCAGUCAGAGCUCAAAUCUUGUUAGACAUUGGAGAAUCCACACAGGGGAGACAUCCUAUAACCUGAGUUCCCUUUAAGUCAGGCCUGGGCAAAAUA